GCCUUGUUUCCGUUCUCUACGACGGGAGCCUCGUCGCUGGAUCGAAGUUUUCGGUGAAAGAAGAGCGAGAGAAGCCCGAUCGAUCCCAGGAAAGAUGAGCGGUAAAGAUAGAACUUUACAAAGGUAUAAUGGUAGAUAUUGUGGGUUAUUAGGGGCACCAAAGAGGACGAGAAUGCCGGAGUAGAUUUGUGGGAAGUCUAGGAGAAAUGAGGAAGUCGGAGGAAGUUCGGUGGUUGCAUUAAGUGGGACUAGAAGAUAAGGUGAUAGAAAAAUCAGGUUGGUAAGAUGAUGCAGGUCAAUAUAGCUAUCAUCAUUCAAGUUUUUUCCAAUCAAAUAUGCAGUAGGAUAUAGAGACAAGCUCCAUUCAGGAAGGCUCCAUGGAGCAAUUGUAUGAAUUACAUAAUUAAGAUCCAUUUUGUAAUUUUACUUAGCCGACAAGGAAAGGUUAGAUUGACAAAAUGGUACUCGCCAUAUUCACAAAAGGAAAGAACCAAGGUCAUUCGAGAGCUUAGCGGAUUGAUUCUCACACGAGGCCCAAAGCUCUGCAAUUUUGUUGAGUGGAAGGGAUACAAGGUUGUAUAUAGAAGAUAUGCCAGCCUCUACUUCUGCAUGUGCAUUGAUGCUGAUGACAAUGAACUGGAAAUUCUUGAAAUUAUUCAUCAUUUUGUUGAGAUAUUGGAUCGAUACUUUGGCAGUGUUUGUGAGCUCGACUUGAUCUUCAAUUUUCACAAGGCAUACUAUAUAUUGGAUGAGAUUCUGAUUGCUGGUGAAUUUCAAGAGCCAAGCAAGAAGACUGUUGCACGGCUCAUAGCAGCACAGGAUUCUUUGGUGGAAACGGCUCAAGAGCAGGCUAGUUCUAUUAGCAACAUGAUUGGGCAGGCUACCAAGUAGAAAAUUCCAUUAUUCUGUAUUAUUCUGUGAUGUGUUUGUUCUUAACCUCAUUUUUGUGGGCCACAUUUGUGUUGCAGUAAAUGUAUAAUACCUUGUGCUAAGACAAUCUUAUGGUUUGUUUGAACUGAGAACCUAAGAUUCCAAUUAUAUUUUACUCCUCUAAUCGGGAUUUUUAGCUUAGGUGGAUAAGCCUAUAUGCAAGGAUUCAACUUUUAUAAGGUGAAGCUUUCUGUUAUCUUGUCA